GAGCUGCAAGACCUGCAUGAGCUUCGAGAAGGACAACUAGGACUACAACCCGCGGCCGCCAUGGGAGCAGCAGGACCCUCGUUGGACAAGCAAACGAAAACACCAACUGCAAGCCCGAUCUGUGGCACUAGUAGUUGUUCUGGGAAACCGAAAAUGAACGACUCCAAUAGAGUUGUUGUCCCGUCUUCAUCAUCCGCAUCCCCGAGGAGUUGCAUUUUUGUUCCACCUGCAAAUGAGACCGGCGCAGCCAGCUCCACUGCAUCCCCCUUGCUGUCAUUCGCCGGCGCACGGGCGGUCAUGGGAAC